CACGACCAUCAACAAGCUCGUAGUCCUUGAUCACUUUCUCAAGUUAUUGUUACAUCGAAAACAUCAAUUCUUGAUCAUUAUGUUCAACAAUUUUCUUUAUCUUUUUUUAAAUCUAAUUUUGAUUUCUUCAACUUUUGCACGUCAUUCACAUCAUACACAUCAUCGCAAAAAUGUACCUGUAAUUACUGAAAAUACCCCCGGGUUUACAAUUAAAGCGGUAACUAAACCAUUUGGACUUUCCGAAGGGCCUCAUUGGGAUCAUGGAUCUCAAAAAUUAUUCUUUGUUGAUAUUAUGAACCAAUUAUUAUGCAGAUUAGAUCCUAUUACCGGUUCUGUUACACAUACAUACAUAGCAAAUGGUCCAGUUGGAGUAGCCAUACCCGUUGAGGAUGAUGCUAAUAAAUUUGUAGCGGGUGCUGGUCUUGAUUUUAUUUCAAUUUCAUGGGAUUCGGAAUUUAAUUUAACUUCAUCUUCUACUAAAGUUUUGUCUGUCGUUGAUAAAGAACACAAAGGCAAUAGAUGGAAUGAUGGCAAAGUUGACUCAUCUGGACGUUUUUGGGGCGGUACCAUGGGUCCAGAAGUAAAUGGUGAGGUUGAACCCAAUCAAGGAUCAUUCUAUCGUAUUGGAAAAGAUUUUGUUCCUCGCGUUGAAAUAUCACCUGUUUCUAUAAGCAACGGAUUAGCAUGGAACAAAGAAGAUGAUACAUUUUAUUAUAUCGAUUCACCUCUUCGUAAAAUAGCUGCAUACGAUUACGAACCCAUUUCUGGAACUAUAUCUAAUAGAAGAAUUGUAUUUGAUUUGGAACAAAAUAACAUUACCGAAGGGGUUCCAGAUGGUAUGACUAUAGACACAGAUGGUAAUCUUUGGAUAGCAGUUUUUAAUGGUUCUUCUGUGCUUAAUGUGAACCCAAAAACUGGAAAAUUAAUACGUAUAAUCAGACUUCCAGCUAAAAGAGUAACAAGUGUUGCAUUUGGAGGACCCAACUUACAAAGUUUGUAUGUUACCACAUCAAGUUAUGGAUUAUCAGAGGAAGAGAAAAAACAACAACCUAAAGCUGGUUCUGUAUUUGAAGUAACAGGUUUAGGAGUCAAUGGAUUAUUGGCUAAUUCAUUUCAAUUGUAAACACAUGUUAAUAUAAAUAUGUAUUUUUCUAAGUAAAUCUUUUAUGAAAUAAUAUUGCAUAUAUAUAUAUAUAUAUAUUCCAAUGAUAUACUGUGUUUAAAUAACUUUCAACUAAUUAUUAUGUAUCAAUGUAUAUUUGUGGUAAAGUUUUAUGUCAUUUCAAAAAUAUAUUUGUUUUUCCAAGGUU